AUGGUGGUAGCAACGACCAUAGCGCUUUACGCGAGUCCACCGAACACCAUAUGCUCCACACCUCACCAGAUCACCACCCAUCUCUCCUCCUGCGAUCUCGAUCUCAAUCCCAGAUCUUCUCCGUCAACGGCCUCUCCCAAAAUCGGAGGCCUCUCUCUCCUUUUCUCCGGCGCCUCCGUCAAAUCAUCCCCUUCCUCCUCCGCAUCUCACCAAACCGUAGGAGACGAGCUAGCUUCCAUACGCCAUGAACGAACCGAUGAUCGGACCUUAAGCGGCUCCUUCUGUUACUCCCCGAGCAAGUUCAUCGCCUCCUCUUCCUCGGUGCUUCACGGUCCAAUCUCAUCGAGCAGCAGUCCUCCGAUGAGAAGCUUCGGUGGAGGAGGUUCUCUCCGAGUAGGAUCGAGCAGAUUGUUCAAUGGAUUCGUGAGGAAAGCUGUAGGCUCGUGUGUGGAUUACGAGUUAGAUGAGCAGCUACCGUUCACCAUGGACGAUGGUUUCGAAGGAGGAGAAGAAAGAAGACAACCGUACGCUAGAGAUUUGCUUAGACGUGCUCAGCUCAAACACAAAAUCUUCCAAGAUGAGUCUGUCAUCAAAGCGUUUUACGAAGCAGAGAAAGCUCAUCGAGGACAGAUGAGAGCAAAUGGUGAUCCUUACCUGCAACAUUGUGUUGAGACUGCUAUCUUGUUGGCUGAGAUUGGAGCUAACUCCACCGUUGUUAUUGCUGGGAUUCUUCAUGAUACUCUAGACGAUUCAUUUAUGAGCUAUGAGUACAUUCUCAGAACUUUUGGUUCUGGAGUUGCUGAUCUUGUCGAAGGGGUGUCUAAGCUUAGCCAGCUAAGUAAGCUUGCUCGGGAAAACAACACCGCGUGUAAGACCGUUGAAGCAGAUCGUUUGCACACUAUGUUCCUUGCAAUGGCAGACGCGAGAGCUGUACUUAUAAAGUUAGCUGAUCGGUUACAUAAUAUGGUGACGCUCUACGCUUUGCCUCCGGUUAAGCAGCAAAGGUUUGCUAAAGAGACUCUGGAGAUAUUUGCACCUCUAGCUAAUCGAUUGGGAAUCUCUAGCUGGAAAGUUGAGCUUGAGAAUCUGUGUUUCAAGCAUCUUCAUCCUGACCAGCACCACGAGAUGUCAGCUAUGCUCGAGGACUCGUUCGAUGAAGCUAUGAUUACAUCAGCGAUUGAGAAAAUGGAGAAAGCGCUUAAGAAAGAAGGCAUCUCUUACCAUGUUCUCUCUGGACGGCACAAGAGCUUGUAUAGUAUCUACUGCAAGAUGUUGAAGAAAAAGCUAACCGUGGAUGAAAUUCAUGACAUCCAUGGCUUACGUUUGAUUGUUGACAAUGAGAAAGAUUGUUACAAGGCCUUAGGAGUGGUUCACAAGCUAUGGUCUGAAGUUCCUGGAAAGCUGAAGGAUUACAUUACUCAUCCCAAGUUCAAUGGGUACCAGUCUUUGCAUACCGUAGUGAUGGGCGAUGGAACCAUUCCACUUGAGGUUCAGAUACGGACAAAAGAGAUGCAUUUGCAAGCUGAAUUUGGGUUUGCGGCUCACUGGAGAUACAAGGAAGGUGACUGCAAACAUUCAUCAUUUGUGCUUCAGAUGGUUGAAUGGGCAAGAUGGGUUGUGACCUGGCAUUGCGAAACCAUGAGCAAAGACAGAUCUUCGAUCUGUUCUUCUAAGCCCUUGUGCAGUUUCCCGUCUCACGCUGAAGACUGUCCGUUUUCUUAUAAGCCUAAUGGUAACCAAGAAGGACCCGUCUAUGUCAUUGUAAUCGAAAACGAAAAGAUGACUGUGCAAGAGUUUCCAGCUAGUUCCACGGUCUCAGACCUGUUAAGCAGAGCAGGACCAGGGAGCUCGAGAUGGUCGACGUUCAGCAUGCCAGCAAAGGAAGAGCUAAGGCCAAGGCUAAACCAGACACCUGUAAGUGAUCUGAAAUGCAAGUUGAAGAUGGGAGAUGUGGUGGAGCUGACUCCAGCCAUACCUGACGAGUCUCUGACUGAAUACAGAGAGGAGAUUCAGCGGAUGUAUGAUCGAGGGCUCGCCUUUUCGCGCCCCCAACGUACAGCUGCUGGCACUACGGUUGGCUGGGGAAGCUAA